AGUUUAAAGUCCCUGCAAGUCACAGAAGAAAAAGAGAGUUUGGUGCUCAAGAAUUGACUCAAUCUCCUCCUCCAUUCAUGGUGUCCUUGCAAGCAGCCCGUCCUCUCGAGGAGAAGAAAAGGCCUUGUCCUAAAGUUGAAAAUUUGCUGUCAAAAAAGAGGAAGAACAAGAAUGAUGGAGAAGAGGAAGAAGAACGGCUCACCAAAGAGAUGAAAUCAGGGAAAAAAGAAGAGAUUGAGCUUAAUCUUGAUGCUCCUUUGCCUAUGGAUUGGCAACAGUGUCUUGAUAUCAAGUCCGGCCGAAUCCACUUCUACAACACGAAGACUCACCGUCGGACGUCGACGGAUCCUCGGCUGGGCUUGGAUCCGCCGCUGCGCUCGGCGUUGAGCCUCGAUCUCGAGCUCAACCUGGCCUGCCGCGAGCCACCACCAAUUAGGGUAUCGGCGCUGCUUCAAGAGAAGGCCAAGACGGACCAUGCGUGCUCCAAAUCGCCGUGCGACGGGGAAGGAACCCCCUUGUCUUGGGUUUCUCCUGUCUCCGAUGCCCAGGAGAUGGUGGCGGCGGUCUGUGCGCGCUGUCACAUGCUGGUGAUGAUGAGCAAGGCGGCUUUGUCUUGCCCUAACUGCAAGUUCGUGAAUCGGCCGGAACGCCUCUUUUCAACGGAGAUAAAGUCAACGGUGAAUUUCUUGUGCUGCAAGGAUUUGCAUUGCCAGUGAUUUUUUGGCCCUCGCAAAGUAGCAGCUCAGAUGAAAAGAAUAUUAUAACAAAUAUGCAUUCAUGGGGGAACCGCUGAAGUUAGAAAAUACUUAAAGCAUGACUACGAGAGCUAGGUGAGUCCAUUAAAUACUUCACUUUCAUCUGUAUUAUUAAAUAAAUGUUCUAUUAAUUUAUGUAUCUUUUGUAUAUCCAAAGUAAAAUUAUUUUUUAACAUAUCAUAUUUUUUUACUGAAUUUUUAAUUGAUGAUGCAAAUCCCUAGUGUAUAUCUUAGCAGGUAGCAUUGUACUUGCCUAUCAUAAAUGCAUGGUAGCUUAAUAAUUGGAUGUAGCUUAACUGAUGGUAUGACAUCUAUGAUUAGGCUAUUACUGGAUCUGGUAUGAAGCAUGUGAAAUUAUUGAUUAGGCAUUCUUUUUGUGUUUUGCGAACUGUAGUUCUGAAAACUUGGAACCCACUAGUCUAACAUAGUUAUUUUGAUGCCAAAUUCAUUGUUUUAUUUUUAACUACAGUUCCUGAACAGAUAUUAGAGUACUACCUGGAGUUCAUUUUUAUAGGUGAUCCUUUGGUAUAACUGGAUUCUAUCUGUUGCUGCCAUAGUCCCCACCUUUGGUAUAGGUCUGUUAUAUAGAUGUUAAUUCUUUAGAGCUAUAUGCAGAUCUCUAUAUGGCAUUUAAUUUUUAGCAAUUCUGUCAUAGUAUAUCAGAUUUAUAUAACGUUGCUAAGUUUCACUGCCUAUGAUAGUGGGCCUAACGCGAGCCCAUGAAUCCUACAUAGAAUGCGACGUGGUAUUGCAUGGACUUGAAACUCCAGUUAUAAGUAUUGGAAUUUUUCUAAGUAAUCUCGAAGGAUUGUGUUUUGGUUGAAAAGUAAUGGGGAAUACUAAUUAAUAGUGAUUCUUUUUUGAAGUGCUAAUUUACUUGCGAG